AGGGUGGGGCUACUCUGGGAAAUAGGAAGGGAUUGUUUGAUGUGCAUAGUCAGUCUGUUUGGAUGAGCAAGGCAAAACAAAAGGAGCCAUGGCAUCUGCUUCUUACACUGAAGAUUUGACUUGUUCUAUUUGUCUGACGAUCUUCACUGAUCCUGUAAUCCUCCAAUGUGGUCACUCUUUCUGCAGAGAAUGUAUUACGCUGUCUCUGAGCUCACUGCCCGAGUGUCCACAGUGUCGGGCAGCUGUUGCAAAAGAAGGGAAAUGUCUUGUGACCAGUCACAUUUUGAAAAGUCUGGCUGAAAAAGAAGCUGAGAAGUUGAGAAGAAAGCAUGGAGAUGAAGAGGUUGAUGACUGGUUGUGCCCUGAACAUGAAGAAAAGCUGAAAUUGUUCUGCGUCACAGAUCAGCAGUUAGCUUGUAUCAUAUGCCGAGAUGGGGAGAGGCACGAAGGGCACAAGUUUAAACCAAUCAAAGAAGCAGCUGCAUCUGUGAGGAGGGAGUUGGAGACGUUUGUGGAACAGGUUUCUGAUGAUAUCUGUGCUGUAGAGAGCCUGGCCAACAAACAGAGGGAAGAAAUAACAAAAACUAAAGAGAAGUCUAAGCAGCUGAUGACCCAAAUCUGCAGACAGUUUGUGGAGAUGCAUCAGUUUCUGAGACAGAGAGAAGAUGAGAUCAAGAAAGACCUGAAAGACAAAGAGGAAGAGGCCAUGGAGAAGAUGAGCGAGACAUUGAAUGCUAUGGAAACAGCUUUGUCUGAGAACAGAGAGCUGGAGGGAAAGGUGACAUCAGUUCUGAAAAUCACAGACUAUGAGAGGUUCUUAAAGAGCUGGACUGAGGAAAACAGCAUGAUGACUGAAAAACACUGUCUCAGGCCCAGAGGAGGAAAUCUCCAAGUGGUGAAUCCUCCGCUCUCUUUGGGGCCUCAUGAAAGUCACCUGCAGUUCUUUAUGUGGAAGGAGAUGCUUCAGGUGAUCAAGCCCCGAGCUGAAGAGCUGUCACUCAAAAGUGACAGCAAAAACAUAACAGUGUCUGAAGAUGGGAGGAAUUUGAUGUAUAGCCCCAACAUUGUCCAAUAUCAGCACUACAACACAUUAUUUGGAUCGUCAUCCUGUCACUACUGUGGCAACAGUAGGGUCAAACAAAGUUACACUGAGGACACCUCAGUACGAUAUGCAUCUGCAUUCAGCACCAAUCAGUUCACCUCUGGGCAGCAUUACUGGGAAAUCGAGGUAGGAAAAAGGGACUAUUGGAAAGUAGGGGUAAAAGAUUAUUUCCUUUGCUAUAAAGAACCAAAAUAUGUAACAUCUAGUCAAGACGCAGAGUUAACAUUUACAGGAACCCCUCAAAAGAUUGGGAUUUACCUCGACUGUAUGUCAGAGGAGUUGUCUUUCUACGAUGCAGAAAACAUGACACAUAUUCACACUAUGAGAGGAGGCUCUCUGUCAGUGCCAGUGGAAGCUUAUUUUGAAUACAAAUUUAGUAAGGGAGCAGAUCAUAACCCCCUGAGAGUGUGCUUGUUCUGAGGUCUGGGAUAAUGGGGCUGUGGUAAAACAGGAUCUGCAGAUCAGAUGGCCGCCUCAGUCCUUAGCUCUCUUUGACUUUCACUGUUUUUUUUUAUUUGUUCCACGAUCAUCCUUGUCCUCAUCAAACCCUCCAUUACGCUACUCAUUAACUAUACACCUGUUAACCCUGACGUUAUGUGGUGAAUGAAGUCCUUUGAAAGACUGGUACCAACCCAGUUGAAGGACAUCAAAGACCCUCUGCUGGACCCCAUGCAGUUUACCUUCAGCGUAAACAGGCCAGUGGAUGAUGCAGUCAACGCAGGACUGCACUACAUCCCGCAACGCUUUAACUCCCCAGGGACGUAGGCAGGAGCCUGUUUGAGGAUUUCAUUUCAGUGUUCAACAACAUCAUCUCACAAGUCCUCUUGUCCAAACUCACCUAGCUCACCUUGCCUGCCUCCACCUGUUGCUCGAUCACAAACUUCCUAAAAGACAGGAAGCAGCAGGUGACGCUGAACAGCUGGACAGUCAGCACUGGUGUCCCAGAGGGAUGUGUGCUCACCCCACUGCGCUUCUUCCUCUAAACUAUCGACUACACCUCAGGAGAACAACCUGUUAAAUGCCUGAAAACUGCAGACCACACAUCAGUGAUCGGACUCAUCUUAGACGGUGACAAGUCUGCAUACAAGCUGGAGGUGGAACAGCUGGCCCUCCAGUGCAGUCAUAAUUUACCCUUAUAUAGUACGUGGUGAUUUAUGUUACCAUACUUCUCUGCCUGAUGUUUAAUAAAACCUACUGUAUGCUGUUUACAUGUCUUGGACAGGAAAUACCAUUAGUAUGUCUAUGUAUAAUAGUAGAGUCAAAACAAGUGUCCUGUUGAGCCAUGUGUUGUGUUACAUUUACUUUAAAAUUAUAAUAAAAACAGUAAUGGAGGCACAAUCAAUAACCUAUAGUCAAUAAUGUGCACAGGAAGUGUUCCUUCGCUUGUAAGUUUGUGCUUGACUGUGCAGAAUGUUGCUGAGUCUGGGGGAGGGGAAGUUUCUCUGUGCUCACCUUAAAUCUGGCUUUAAGGAUGAUCCAGCAGGAUAUUAUGUUCCAUUUUAUGCACUUGGAAUAACUCUGUGCAAAAAAAGGCAAAAUAAAUCAAACAUUUAGAGGCAUAUUUCAGCAUUUUUGAUUCAUUUCUGCGACAUGUCCUGUAUGGUACACAAUCUAUGUAAUAAAUAAUCGCCAUUCUUUUUUGUUAUAAUGGAAUCUGAUGCUAAAUAAAUAAAUAAAAUCAUCUCAAAAACAG